GGGGUAUCCGGACGCGAGCAGUCGCUGGAGCUCCUUUCGCGGACUCCGCUCCAUGGCCUUCCCGUGGCAGCGGUAGACGUGAAGCCGGUGCUGCCCGUGGCCAUGCAGAACUCCGGCGGCGGCAGCAGCCCGGUGGACCUGCGGACAGACGCCCGGGGCAGCGGGCCCAGCGUGGACCCGGCGGUGCGGGAGCAGCAGCUGCAGCAGGAGCUGCUGGUCCUGAAGCAGCAGCAGCAGUUGCAGAAGCAGCUGCUGUUCGCCGAGUUCCAGAAGCAGCACGAGCACUUGACGCGGCAGCACGAGGUCCAGCUGCAGAAGCACCUCAAGGUGAGCCGGUCCCCCUCUGCCUGGCAGCAGCAGCAGGAGAUGCUGGCAGCAAAGCGGCAGCAGGAGCUGGAGCAGCAGCGCAAGCAGGAGCAGCUGCGGCAGGAGGAGCUGGAGAAGCAGCGGCUGGAGCAGCAGCUCCUCAUCCUCCGGAACAAGGAGAAGAGCAAAGAAAGUGCCAUCGCCAGCACGGAAGUGAAGCUAAAACUCCAGGAGUUCCUACUCAGCAAGUCAAAAGAGCUGACCGCAGGCGGCUUCAACCAUUCCCUCCCACAGCACCCCAAAUGCUGGGGAGCCCAUCAUACGUCGUUGGACCAGAGUUCCCCUCCCCAGACAGGCAGCCCGGGAACGCCGCCCUCCUACAAACUACCCCUACUCGGCACAUACGACAGCAGAGACGACUUUCCGCUCCGGAAAACCGCCUCGGAACCCAACUUAAAAGUGCGCUCGCGGUUAAAACAGAAGGUGGCCGAGCGCAGGAGCAGCCCCCUGCUGCGGAGGAAAGACGGGACCGUCAUCAGCACGUUCAAAAAGCGAGCCAUCGAAAUCACGGGUGAGCGAGGCCUGUGGGACAGACUUGCGGGGGCUGCUCUCUCCUCCGUGUGUAACAGCGCCCCGGGGUCCGGUCCCAGCUCCCCGAACAGCUCCAACAGCGCCAUCGCCGAGAAUGGCUUCACAGGCUCCGCCCCCAACAUCCACACCGAGCUGCUCCCCCAGCACAGAGCCCUGGCCAUGGACGGGUCCGCUAGCCAGCUCAGCCUCUAUACCUCCCCGUCCCUGCCCAACAUCUCCCUCGGACUGCAGGCAACGGUCACCGUGACCAACUCGCACCUCAACGCUUCCCCGAAGCUCUCCACCCAGCAGGAGGCGGAGCGCCAGGCAAUCCAGUCGCUGCGCCAGGGCGGGGCGCUCACGGGCAAGUUCAUGAGCACCUCGUCCAUCCCCGGCUGCCUGCUGGGGGUCGCCCUGGAGGGCGAGACCAACAGCCAUGGGCACGCCUCCCUGCUGCAGCACGUGCUGCUCCUGGAGCAGGCCCGCCAGCAGAACACGCUGAUCGCCGUGCCGCUCCACGGCCAGUCCCCGCUGGUGACGGGCGAGCGCAUCUCCACCAACAUGCGGACGGUCAACAAGCUGCCCCGGCACCGCCCGCUGAGCCGCACCCAGUCGUCCCCGCUGCCCCAGAGCCCCCAGGCCCUGCAGCAGCUGGUCAUGCAGCAGCAGCACCAGCAGUUCCUAGAGAAGCAGAAGCAACAGCAACAGCAGCAGAUUCAGCUUGGCAAGAUCAUCACCAAGACGGGCGAGCUGCCCCGCCAGCCCACCACGCACCCAGAGGAGACGGAGGAGGAGCUGACGGAGCAGCAGGAGGCGCUGCUGGAGGACACGGUGCCCCUGGGGCCGGUGGCCUUCGUGGUGGACGGCUCGCCGGAGAGCGAGAGCACGCAGGACGAGCUGGAGGAGGACGAGGGCGGCGAGCCGGUGAAGGACGAGGGGGGUGCGAGCGGGGACGAAGAAGAGCACAUCGACUCGCCGGAGGUGGAGGAGCUGGGCGUGGCUUACAAGCAGGUGUUCCCCGAUGCUCAGCAGCUGCAUCCCAUCCAGCUCUUCCCAGCUUCCCUGACCAUCACCACGCUGCCUCACCAAACGCUGAGCCGGACCCAGUCCUCGCCCGCCGCCGCAGGCAUCAAGAACACGGCGGCUGAACCCCCGGUCAAACACCUGUUCACUACUGGCGUGAUCUACGACACGUUCAUGCUAAAGCACCAGUGUAUGUGCGGGAACACUAACAUUCACCCAGAGCAUGCUGGGAGAAUCCAGAGCAUCUGGUCCAGGCUCCAGGAGACCGGCUUGCUGAGCAAGUGCGAGCGGAUCCGGGGCAGGAAAGCGACGCUGGACGAAAUCCAGACCGUCCAUUCGGAGCAUCACACGUUGCUCUACGGAACCAGCCCCCUCAACCGGCAGAAACUCGACAGCAAGAAGCUGCUAGGUCCCAUCAGCCAGAAGAUGUAUGCGGUCCUGCCCUGCGGCGGCAUCGGGGUGGACAGCGACACGGUGUGGAACGAGAUGCACUCGUCCAGUGCCGUCCGCAUGGCCGUGGGCUGCUUGGUGGAGUUAGCCUUCAAGGUGGCCUCUGGAGAGCUCAAGAAUGGAUUUGCUGUCAUCCGGCCCCCGGGGCACCACGCGGAGGAAUCCACGGCCAUGGGUUUCUGCUUCUUCAACUCCGUCGCUAUCGCCGCCAAACUGCUCCAGCAGAAGCUCAGCGUCGGCAAGAUCCUCAUUGUGGACUGGGACAUUCACCAUGGCAACGGCACCCAGCAAGCCUUCUAUAGCGACCCCAACGUGCUGUACAUCUCCCUGCACCGCUACGACAACGGCAACUUCUUCCCAGGCAGCGGGGCCCCCGAGGAGGUUGGCAGCGGGAUGGGGGUGGGGUACAACGUCAACAUAGCCUGGACAGGCGGAGUGGACCCCCCUAUCGGAGACGUGGAGUACCUGGCCGCGUUCAGGACGGUGGUGAUGCCGAUAGCCAAUGAGUUCUCCCCGGACGUGGUCCUGGUCUCUGCCGGCUUCGACGCAGUCGAGGGACAUCUGUCUCCCCUGGGCGGCUACUCCGUCACGGCGAAAUGUUUCGGACACCUGACCAAGCAGCUGAUGAAGCUGGCUGGCGGGCGCGUGGUGCUGGCUUUGGAGGGAGGUCACGACCUGACAGCCAUCUGCGACGCCUCAGAAGCCUGUGUCUCCGCCCUGCUUGGCGUGGAGCUGGACCCCCUGGAUCAAGCUCUCCUGCAGCAAAAGCCAAAUGUCAAUGCCGUGGCCACGCUGGAGAAGGUUAUUGAAAUCCAGAGCAAGCACUGGAGCUCUGUGAAGCGCUGUGCCUCGGUGGUCAGCUGUUCCUUGCUGGAGGCGCAGAAGGGAGAAGCCGAGGAAGCAGAGACAGUAAGUGCCAUGGCAUCGCUCUCGGUCGAUGCCGAACAAGGAAGCACAGACUGCAGCCCCAGGUACGGCCACCCCCCCUCCCCGCGGCACCCUCGGCCUUUGUGCGUCCUCGGCAUCCUGGAUGUAUUGUACCUUGUUGCUUACGGUUCGGAUUAGCCUCCUGGCUUGUAUCCCCGCAAUACAGGCCCGAGCGCGGUCCUCGGCUGGCUCAUUGAGCCAUGCUCUGAUAGCAUUUUUGUUGGAGGUGUACUUGAGUCUGGGUCUCGAUCUGGCUCUAAACUUCGCAGUGGCAGGGGGAUAGAGCUCCAAGCCUCCUGCAUCCAUACAACAGGCCCUUGAGCUAAAGGACAAUCUCCAUUAGCCCAUAUCUGUACAGGGCCUAUGACACAGAAUUGAUCCGUUCUGCACCCAUCCAGUAGAGGGCAGUGGUGCAGAACUGAUCAAUCCGGCCGACUCGCUGCAGUGUGAACCUUCCGAAACAUCCCACAGAGCCGCUACAGCGGCACCUGCUGCUGCUGCUUCAUUGCCCAGCUCGGCGCGUGCCGAGGGAUUUGCGUUUGCAGGUGAAAUUCACCCUAGGCAGCGUGUCACUGGGACAGUGUCUCCCGCUGGCACCUCAGAGUGGGGGGGCUUAGGGGAGGGGACAUUUCUCCUUUGCACGCCCUGGCUUGUGAGACAGCUCGACCCCUCCACCACCUUUUACUCGCCCACUUACACCACCUGGGCAAGUCUCGGCCCAGGGCAUAGGCACU